AUGACGCCGCUGAGCAAGGAAGCACCAGCGGCAUUGUUAUCAUUAUCCCCUCCACCGAGUGUGGUGCCGGAGCGCCGUCAAGGGCGAGGGCGCAAGGACGACGACAGCGAGUCGGAGGGCGAGGCUCUCGACGCCAAGUACGGGGGACACUCUGAAGACGACCUCAGUGCGUCCUUCACGGCGCACCGCGAGCGUCUCGACAAGAGCUUGACCAAGUCGAAACGUACUGGCGCAGGUGCGGGGCGGCACAGUGUCGCCACCGGUAACGCGGGAAACCAGAUGACACUCCGGGAGCAGGAGCAGAAGGAAAACUUCAACCUGCAGCUCGAAAACCACUUCCUGAAGGAGCGCCUCGCGUCCAUGGCGCCCGACCAUAUCGAGAGCGCGCUCAAGGAGAAUGUCAAGCUCAAGAUUGAAAUUCUGAACCUUGGCAAGGAGCUGAAAAAGUCCAAGAAGCUCCUCGUGCAACAGGACCGGGACCUUGCUGCUGCCGCGCGAGAGCGGGACGGACAUAAGGUCAAGGCGCGCGAUGCCGAAAGCCGCGAGCUCGAAGGCAUGUGGCGCGAGGAGAAGGAGCGGCGUAUCGCGGCCGAGGACGAGCUGGACAAGCUGAAGGAUGACCAGUUUGACCGCGCGCAGGAGCUCGAGGACCGCGUGCGCAAUCUCGAGGAGGAGCUUGAGCGCGCCAAGGACGACCUUGACACGGCCCGCGCCGGGCUGGAUGACCAGAACGAGGAGAUUGCGCGACUGCGCGAUGAGGCCGACCGUGCUGUCGACGAGCUCGAAAAGCUGCAGAGUGAGCGCGACCUUGGCGAAUCAGUGGGACUCGGCAAGGGUCGUGAAGCGCGCCUCGUCUCGAAGCUCGAGGAGGAGGUCGAGACGCUCAAGGUCGAGCUGGAGGACGCGCGAGCCGCGACGGCCGACAUUGAGGAGCUGGAGGAGCAGAUCAACCAGCUGCGGGACAAGUACGCCGCGUCCCAGAUCGACCUCGAACGGCGUGACGAGGAGAUUCUUGAUCUGAACAACGAGAUGGACCUCCGUGUUCGCGAACACGAGCGCGAGAUCAACCAGGUCGAGGCCGAGUGGCGGGACGAGGUCCUCGAAACCCGUGGACAGGUCGACGAACUCAAGGACGUCAUGCAGGAGCGCGAGGCCGAGAUCGAGGAUUUGCGCAAGGGCUUGCUGGAACGCGAGGACGAGCUCGCCGGCGCACGCGAACAGAUUAUGGUUCUGGAAGCUGCUCAGGGCGAGACGCACGAUCGACUCGAGGAGACGCUCCGCGGCAUCCAGAUCGACAACGAGGAAAAGGAGGCGGACCUGCUCGAGGCGAACCGCGAGGUCGAGAGUCUCGGACAGAGGGUGUACGAGCUCGAGGAACUCGUCGACGAGCUGCGCGCCCGCGAAGGAGAACUCGCUGCCGAGCUCCAGCGCAUGGACGACGAGAAGGAGAACUACGACGAGCUCGUCACCGCGCUGAAGGAGGCGCGGCGCAAGAUCCAAGAUGAGCGGGAUGACUAUGCCUCUCGUCUGGCACGUGCCGAGGAGGCGUUCCAUUCGGAGCGCGAGGCGUGGGAGAAGUCGCGUCAGCGCGAGGCAGAGCACCACGAGCGCGUCCUUGCCACCAAGGACCAGGUGACGGAGCGUCUAACGACUGAACUCGAAGCGGCGCGCGAUCGUGUGGCGAUGCGCGACCGCGACCUCGUAUCCGUCCAGAACGCCCUCCGCAGCCUGGAGGCAGAGAGGAGGAAGCUCGGCGACGAGCUGAGUAGCGAUCAGCGCAGUCUCGAGCUCGAGAUCGAGCGGUUGCGGCGCGAUCUCGCCCGGGCCGAGGACGACCUGGACCGCGCGCGGGAAGAGGCGCGCGAGCGCGAGUCCUCGCUCGCCAAGCGGGACAUGCAGCUCGCCGAGCUCAUGGACAAGCACCGCAGUGUCGAGCGCCAGCUCACGGACGAGCGCCAGGGCAGGCUGCAGCUCAGCGACAAGCUGGACGCGGUCACGAAGACGGCGCGGCAGCACGAGCGCGAGGCCGAGACGCUGCGGUCUAGGAUCGAGGACAUUGAGCCGCUCCUUACGGAGAGCAGGAACAGCCGUGCUCUGCUGCAGAGGCAGAAUGACCAGCAGAGACAGGAACGCACCGACUUGCUGUUACGCGUGUUCAAGGACGUGAACCGCUUCCUCGCCGUCGAGGACAGCACGACACCAGCCAACUUCACCCUGUUCAAGGACACGCUGCUGUCCCGCCUGCGCAGCAUUUCGGGCGUGCGGACAGACUUUGACAAGCGGAUCCGCGAGACGGAAGCGCGCAUGGAGAGCAAGAUGGCGAGCCUGAAGCGGCAGCUGGAGGGCAAGUGGCGCGCGCUGGACGGCUUCGAGGCGAGCGUGAAGAAGCUCGAACUCGCGCGGGCACAGUGGCGCGCCCGCCUGGCGAGCAAGGACGGGGAGCUGGAAUCUGCCCGCGGCCAGAUCAGCGAUCUGAAGCGGCAACUCUCCUCUGCCUCCUCCUCCCGCGGCCCCUCAGACGAGACGAUCAAGCUGCUCACGGACCGCGCGUCCAUGGCCGAGAAGCGCGCAACGCAGGCCGCCCAGUCGCUUGAGAGUCUGGAGCGCAAGUUCGAGGAACUCCAGAAGAGGACAGGAAGCGCGGACACGAAGUGGGAAGCGCGGGUCAAGGAGUAUGAGAACCGGCUCCGCAUCGCGGGCGAAAAGGUCAAGGCGGAGAAGCAGGGUGGCAAGGAGCGCGCGCAGCAGCUCGAGACGCAGGUCAAGGAGCUGGAACGCCAGCUCGAGCUCACGAGGAGACAUAAUCGGCGAGCGGAGGGGGUGGUCGCUAAUGCGGCGCACCUGCUCAAGGAUGACGAGUAA